AUAAACGAGUUCUGCGAUCGAAAAGAUGGCAGCGCUCUUUGAGGGUGCCACGCUUUGCGCUCUGAGUGUAGAGCAAAACAACACAGAAUCGGGAAUACAGGGGAUAGAGUUGGAUAGGGAUGAUGAUCAUGUCGUUGUUACGGACUCGAAAAGAUCUGUUACGUUAUAUAAGGUCUCUGACCAGAAGCCCUUGGGUAGCUGGACAAUGAAACAAGGACAGAGAAUAACUUGCCCAGCCGUUUACAACUCCAAAACAGGAGAGUACGUGGUGGUGACGGAUGAUACGGUUAUAAGAGUUUGGAAAGAUGAUGACAUCAAUAUUGACAAGGCUUUCAAAGCUACUGUGUCCGCCGAUGUGUGGAGGAUUCACUCGGCCCCCGGCCAAGAGCCAGUGAUCCUCUUCCACAGAGGGGCCACUCGCUUCCUGGACGUGCUGUUGGCCGAGCCCCAGCAGGACAUGGAGAACGUCAUCUCAGACGAUGAGGUCAUCAGGUGGAGUAACUUAAUCACAUCAGGCAAACAACAAUGGGUUCUCUUCAUCACAGAACAGAAAGGGGAGCACUUUCUGCAUGUGCAGAGUCUUGGGGAUAUGACAAGAGCAGCAUAUCGCCUGGAGAGCACGGGCUCUGCUCCUCUCAGUUUCUCUGCCUCAGCCCGCAGUGGCAACCUACACAUCCUCAGUCUAUACCCGGACGGCUGUGUGUACGAGAGCGCGGUGCCCAUGAGAUUGCCCGGGGGCGUUCGGGCAGAGGCGUUGCCCCUGCCCAGGACCCUGCUCCUGCGGCUGCCCCUGGGGGGCGGCGCGCUGGCGUCGGCCUCCGCCGUGUCCCUGGACGCGGCCCACGUGGCGGUGGUGGGCGUCCCACAUCCGUCGGCCGGGGCAGGGAAAGAUUACCUUUGUAUUUGGAACACCAAUUUUCAGACUCUGCAAGCUGGGAAGGAAAUGGCCGGAAGAAUAUAUGGACAGUUCUGGUGCUACCACAGGAAGCUGUACGUUCCUCAUGGAAAGGCUUUGUCUGUAAUCCCCUUUGAGUGUCAGAAAUCCUCCUUGGCCUCUGCUCUGGGGAAGCUCAAACAGUCUGGAGGCUGCGAGAUGGCUCCUCCCGUCCCUUUACCGUCGUGGGGGGCAGAGACUCACGAGGACGCGUCUGCUGCUGGGAUGGAGACGCGGAGGAAUAAGUUAACACGCAAAAGCCACGGAGCCUCCAACGUAAGCGUUGACCAGUUAAUUGACCAAAUCAAGACUGGCUCCGAGGAGGACGUCCAGAAGGCAGUGGCCUCCUUCAUCUCCAAGUCGGACCUCCCGGCUCUCCAGCUGGCCGUGGGGAGCCUGGCGUCCGCUCUAGUGGCCCGCAGCCUGGCCGAGCCCUCCUACUACCCACACAAGGUGCUGGUGCAGCUGGUGCACACGCAGUGUCUCUCCCACAGUGUGUGUCCCGACCUCCUGAAGCUGGCUCUGGAGAAGAAGGACUUUGCCUUGUGUCAGUUCUGUCUACAGGCCUUCCCAGACAUCCCGGAGGCCCUCACCUGUGCCUGCCUCAAUGUCUUCCUCAGCACCCCAAACAGUGAGCUGGAAACGGUUGCCCUGGAGACGGACAGUGUAGCGUUCAUGGAGGGCCUCAGUGCGGCGACGGCGCCGGAGGACGAGGAGGACGAGGGGAAAGGUACCCGGCAGAACGGCUUCAGCACGACGGCAUCACAGGAGGAGAGCAGCUGUGAGGCCCAGCCAACGCCUCACCAAAAACCGAAGCUGCCCAUCCCCAUGCCUCUGGACAUGACGCGCCCUAUUGGCCUCCACAGAGCUGUGUUACUAAAUGAAAUCCUACAGACUCCAUACAGCGAGAGCUUCCUGUUGCCUCAUCUCAAAGAACUCACCACACCACACGUCAUACUCUAUCUCCAGUACUUACAGUUUUUGUAUGUUAAAUACUACCAAGACAUCAACACACAGGUUCCUGCGUUGAGGUCACCAACAAUGACACAGAUCAUAGACUGGGUUUGCCUGCUUGUGGAUGCCCAUUUCACAGUCUUAGUUAUGGCUCCAGAGGCGAAAGAGUUGCUAUCAGGCCUUCACGGAUUUGUGAAGGCACAGAUGAAGUUAUUUACUGAUCUGGGGAAAAUCGAGGGCAGUCUUCAUGCACUGAAGAAAGUCAAGAAGUCAAAGAACAACGGCCAAUACUCUAUUGAAGUGAUUGAGUUGUUUUAAACCAAUUGUAUAGACUCUUUUAAACAAAUAUACCUGUGCUCCUCCACCAUGAAUGACACAUUUUCAAUAAAUGACACAAUGUGUUUUGCCAAAUCUGUUGACAUUGCAACAUUGCUAUAUGUUAUUUAUAUAGCAUAGGCCGACAGCAUGAAUUGGAAAUAGAAAAAAAUAAUUGCAAAUUAAAACAACAUUAUUGUGUAUACCACAUUCUAAAGUGUAUAUUUGCUUUUUAAGCCAAUGUGUUUUGGGGUGACUUAUUUUGUUAGUAAGAUAGUUUUUAACAUUGUCAUACAAGCAGAAUAAGUGACUCAGUGCCCUUUAUUUUUUGUAGAAGAGUAAUUGUGCAACCAGAUUUGAAACCAGUGUUUGAUCAUUACAUGUCUUAUGUUUGCAUUGUUCCAAUUGUAUCUUACAGAGAAUGUCACAUACAUGAGAGUGUUGUGUGUAAUUCAGAUGCCUUUUUGGUUUUCUUUAUGUGGUUUAUAACGAAUAUAAUGGAAUUUUCAUAUGAA